AUGGUCGGGGGAGAAGAGGGGGGCGGAUGGCCGCCGGCGCCGGGAGGCGCGCCGCAGUACGUGCAGAGGGAGGAAAGCCGCCCGACCCACUUCGAUAACUCGGUGAACGCGGUCUCGUUUGGGUUCGUGGCUACCGCUAUUCUCAUCUCCAUGUUCCUCGUCAUGGCCGUGUUCGAGAAGUUCCUCAGGGCCACCUCGCCGGAGGAUUCGCAGGGCAGACGCCGGCAACGUUCGCCGGAUCGUAUAGGCGGCGACGGCGUUAAGCUCGGCUGCCCAUCUUCUCCUAAGGUGUCCAUAAAUGCAAGAGAAGUCUCGGUGGUGAUGCCGGGGGAUAGUGUUCCCACGUUUCUCGCACACCCGGCUCCCGUGCACUGCCCUCUAGAGACCGUUCGGUGGCCUUCUCACCAACAAACAUUUGACAACAUUCAUUGUCUGCCUAGCUCGAGCCAAACUAGGUAA